UCGGGAAAUAUUCUGAAUUUGUUGUCCGAAAAAAAUUUUUUUAUCCAUAUGAUGAAUUUAGCAAUAAUGUUUCGAAAAUUUGGUUUCCGUGGCCUGAAUAUUGUUUCAAAUUUAACACCGAUUAAAUAUUCACAACCAAGAUUGGCAUCAACCUUUUGCUUGAAAGGUAUUCAUGAACCAGAAUAUUUGGAAUAUCUAAAACCACAGAUUCCAUUUUAUAAUCUAAUCAAUAUUCAGAUAAAAGCUCAUGAUUAUGCAGUAUUGGAUUCAUAUGGAUCAUAUUUACAUCGUUUAUCCAAUCGUUUAGGAUUGGUAGUAGUGAAAUAUUGGUGUGCACCAAAUACAACAACAAAAAUUGAAACACUUCAACAUGAAUCUAAUGUUGUUCAAUAUGAAUAUGAAUUGAAUUUAUAUGAAAGAAAUAUUCAAAUUGAAAAAAUUAGUUCACGUAUUAUGUCAUUAUUGGUGGAAGUUGUUCAUCGAUCAUUACCAGCUGGUGUUCAAUUAUCAAUCCAUGAACAUGAUCAUGAAUUACAUGAAAAAACACGUUAUAUUACUGAUUAUGAAUUAUUGCAAUAUAAAAAAGAAUUGAAAUUAUUAUUGGAUAGUAAAAAUGAUGAUGAUGAAGAAUUAACUGCUACAGGCAAAAAGAAAAAAUAAUUUUUUAAAAAUUAAUAUUUAAUCAAUAGAAAU